GCCUUGCAGCCACAGUUCGGGGAUAAUCCAAAUCCACGCCACCAGCCAGCAGCCAUGGCACCACCCAUCUCCUCCCUGUCGUCUCUCGUGGCGUCCAGCCAAAUCCCGACGCCGCUGCUCCCGAGGCCCAGCAGCAGAGCGCUCGCCGUCGCGCCCUGCAGCUCCGCGUCCUCCGCCUCCUCCUCCUCGGCGUCGCCGUCCACUUCCUCGGCUCCUCCUCGCCACGCCGCCGCGGGCAGGAGAGGGCUGCUGGCGCUGGGCGCGGGGUUCCUGGCCUCGGCCGCGCUGCUGAUCCCGGCGGGGGACGCCGGCGCCACGCGCGUCGAGUACUACGCGACGGUCGGGGACAAGCUGUGCGACCUGAGCCUCGUCAAGUCCGGCCUCGCGUACUGCGACGUCGAGGUUGGCACCGGUGUCCAGCCCCCGCGCGGCGAGCUCAUCAAUGUGCACUACACUGCAAGAUUUCCUGACGGCACACUGUUCGACAGCAGCUACAAGCGCGGCAGGCCACUGACAAUGCGCAUAGGCGCAGGCAAGAUCCUCCGAGGGCUUGAACAGGGGAUCAGUGGCGGCGGCGGUGUGCCACCCAUGCUUGUUGGUGGAAAGCGCAAGCUGAUGAUACCUGCGUCACUGGGGUACGGGCCUGAACCAGCAGGCUGCUUCUCAGGAGACUGCAACAUUCCCGGAAACGCCACACUUCUAUAUGAUCUUUACCUCGUUGGGAUUUACAAGUGAGCACUCGAUGGCAAAGGAAUAUUCAGGACCUAGAACAAAUAAGAUAGCAUUUCUUUCCUGGAACACGUGGAGAGUUUCAGGGGCAAGUUUAUCCGGCAGAAGAUUGGUGGUCAAAGCACCUGCGGUGCCACUUGCAGAAGCUUGUGCAUAGGACUACUGUUCAUUAUACAUACUCGAUUGGCAGUGCUCCAGGCCUAUUUCUGUAUUCCAUGGAUUGCAGAAAAACGGUACGCGGGCGACUUGCAUUGAAUAAAAGAAUGAUAUAAACCAUCGUUAUAGCUCAUAACAUAAUAGUGCCAUUGUGGAACUUUGUAAAGACCAAUCAUAUUGUUCAUUAUAGCAGUUUGAUACAGCCAAA